AUGGCAUUAUCUUUAACAGGAAGUUUAUCUAUGCAUCCUGCACUAACGACUGCGCUACUAAGCGCUAAACCGCGAAUUGUACGAUCUUACAUAAGAUUCAGUAUUGUGCAAUCAUAUUCAUCUACUGACAAAUCAAAAGAUUCUGAAGAAGUCAGAAAGGAUAAAGAUAUGCCUACUCAAGAAGUUUCUUCUGAAUUUCGCAAGGUUAUUACUCACGGUCCCAGUCUUUCAGAAUUUAUCAAGCUGGGUGAAAACAAGCAACUGGAUGAUGUAGAUACUCAUGAAUCUCAGAAUAAGGUGUCUAACUCUAAUGAACGUCUCCGUCUUCCACACUGGUUAAAGACUGAAAUUCCAUGUGGUGGUAAUGUUACACGCUUACAGAAACAGCUACGUUCAUUGAAUUUACAUACCGUUUGCGAAGAAGCUCGAUGUCCUAAUCUUAGUGAAUGCUGGAGUGGUGGUAGUUCUUCAGCGGCUACAGCAACUAUUAUGAUAAUGGGUGAUACGUGUACUAGAGGCUGCAAAUUUUGUUCAGUUAAAACAUCACCAAAUCCACCAUCUCUUGAUCCAAAUGAACCAGUUAAUACUGCUAAAGCUAUAAGCCGUUGGGAUGUAGACUAUAUUGUAAUAACUUCAGUUGAUCGUGACGAUUUGGUAGAUGGUGGUGCUCGCCAUAUUGCUGAAACAAUUCGUCAAAUAAAAGCACGUAAACCAUCAAUUUUGGUAGAAUGUUUAGUACCAGACUUCCAAGGCUGUACAGAUUCCAUAAACAUGGUUAUUCGUGCCAACCCAGAAGUGUACGCGCAUAACAUUGAAACUGUGGAGUCACUACAACGGGUUGUACGUGAUCAUCGUGCUGGUUACACUCAAUCACUUCGAGCUCUAGAAACCGCUAAAGAACGUAGUAAUCGCCUUGUAUCAUCUGGAAAUGCAGAUUUUCUUGUCAUCACUAAAUCUAGUAUUAUGUUGGGUCUUGGUGAAACGGAAAAAGAAGUGAUGGUAGCUCUGAAAGAUCUACGCCAAGCAGGAGUAGACUGUGUAACACUGGGGCAGUAUGUGCAACCAACCAGACGUCAUCUAAAAGUGAAAGAAUAUAUCCAUCCAGAUAAAUUUGAUUAUUGGGGAAAAGUUGGUAACGAUAUGGGAUUCUUAUACACAGCUAGCGGACCAUUAGUUCGUUCAUCAUAUCGAGCCGGAGAAUAUUACAUUAAAAAUAUCAUAGACCAGCGUAAACGUAAGAAUAUGUGA